UUCAACAAACGCCUGAAUGAGACGGACAUUGGUUUCCACAGACUACUAGAUAUUGGUAGUGAUACGUAUUUCGAUCUUCUGAGGCACUGGUUGAAUUCUUGCGAUAACUCCGAGGAUCAUAGAUACUGGGGCUGCCACAGGGGAUCAAAUAGCGUUCUUCCCAGCCGAGUUCUCGACGUUGGAGAAGGUCCGAACUCGACGGUGCUUCGACUUUACUGUUCGCAGCCCAACGAACAAGCGGAUUAUAUUGCUUUGUCACACUGUUGGGGUAAUCUGCCACCCAAAUAUCUGAAUCAGGUCCGAACUCUCAAAAGCAACAUCGCAAAACGCGUUGAUCAAAUCGAUAUGGGAGAUCUACCGCAGAACUUCCGUGAUGCUAUCACAGUAACUCGGCAGCUUAACAAGCGAUAUUUGUGGAUCGAUUCCCUGUGCAUCAUCCAAGACGACCCCAGUGAUUGGGAACGGGAAGCAAAGAAGAUGGAAACGGUAUAUACCAUGGCGUAUUGUACGUUGGCCGCUAGCUCGGCGCAGGACUCAACUGUUGGGUUUCUCGAACCACGACCUUCCCGCAGGUAUUUCGCAAUCAACCGUACCGGGGAAAUGCCAUAUUAUGUUUGUGAACCGAUCGACAACUUCAAUCGCGAUGUGGAGAGCAGCGCUCUUAAUUCAAGAGGCUGGGUUUUCCAGGAACGGUGCCUGUCGAAACGGACCAUUCACUUCACCAACACGCAAACGUAUUGGGAGUGUGGUAUUGGCGUACACUGCGAAACUCUCACCCUUAUGUACAAGCUCGGAGAUCCAGCGUUUCCAAGUACUAUAGGAUAUGGUGUUCACGCCUCAGAAUGGGACUUUGUUAAGCUCCUUAUUCAGAAGUAUACACAGCUCAAUCUCACAAAACCCGAAGACCGAGCCCUAGCCUUUUUAGGCAUAGAGCAAAGAUUCGAAAAAGAGCUUUGCACUGAUAUAAAGCAUGGUUUAGCUGAAAAGUUUCUCCAUAGAGGCCUCCUCUGGCAGCGUGCCGGGAACUCGCCUCUCAAGCGUAUCAAGUAUCCGAAUGACCGAAAUAUUCCAUCUUGGUCAUGGAUGGCUUGGAACGGGGAAAUAACCUUUUUAGGCAUUUACCGUCAAGCAGUGUUUUGGAACGAGUCGCUCUUAUUUCCAAGCAAGGGUAAGCUAUAUGUGCGGCUUCGGAUGUUCCGAAGCAGUAUCGAGGAACGCAGGAAGUGGACGUCUGCUGAGUCACUAGAUGGGAGUGAUAAUACCAAACGAAAUUGGAUACGGUUGGACAGAGUGGAUGAUGACCUCUUAUCAGCGAGGUGUGCCAUACUAGGCAUAGAGAAAAACCAAGGGGACAGUCUCAUACCCCUCGAUCAUUGUUAUGUGUUGAUUGUGCAACCAGCGGCUAGCCAGGAUGAGAAUCAUAGUCGCUACUACGAAAGGAUUGGGGUUGGAUUUAUCCAUAAGAAGGAACUUUCUAUUGACGAGAAUGUAAUUACUGGGUGGCUUAUC